AAGAAAUGCUGAAGCUUCAAGCUGAAAAUGAUCAUCUGAAACUAGAAAAUACUCGGUUGAAAAGCGAUAUGGCUGUGAUGGAACAUGAAAUGAAGAGGCUCACUUCCAGAAUUGGACUAAUUCAAAAAAGCCGAGAAACUACCGAAAUGCAAGCAUCAGAAGUAUUGUCAGAAAACAAGGAAUUGAAACUGAAACUUGAAAGUUUAAACCGGAGAUUUCAGGAUUCUCCGAUUUUAGACGAAAAUCCUGUACACGUUCAUUUUGAAGAUACUAUUUCUGUUAAUUCGAACAUGACGGGCACAUCAUCCUAUAAACCAGAUCAAGAACCACAAUGGAGUACUGAAACUGGACCAGAUUUUGAUUCAAAAUGGAGUAAACAUAUCUCAAUUAUCAAAUCUCAUCCCGAUUUUAUUGUUCUCAAGAAUAAUAGUAGAUAUCAUACUCAAUGCUUGGACGAUUUCCUUUUCUCACGAAUCGUUGAUGGUGUGGCCACAGUGAAUGGAGUCCCGCUUCCAACCGGAGUUGUCAUGCAGCCAAAAUCCGAAUUCACGGUGUAUGCUCAAACUUCACAUGCUCGAGAGAUAUACGAUAAAAGUUGCAUUCUCCAUCGAUUCCAAACAUUUGGAACUGGAAAAAUCAUUGAAGAUAGACUAUUGGAUGCUGAAGGCAAUGAGGCAGCUAAUUAUUUGUUCUGUGUUUUCAAAGCUCUUUAAAAUUUCAAAUAUGUUAGCAUUCACGAUAGAUGAUCAAUUUUUUUCUAAUAUGAAAUUUUUAACGUCAGAAUUUUGUUACAAGUUGUCGCUUGCUGGGAAAAAUGACACACUUGUUCAAAAACUUCGAUAACGUGAUAAUAAAAAUUUGAAAGUGUUA